AAGAUGUGGCGAAAAGCAUUGCUAUUCGAUUCCAGAUCUUGUGGAGUCGACUCAGAGUCGUAUUUCAGUAGCUUUCGCUCAAAAAAUAAUUUUUUGAUUUAUGAUCAAAUUUUCUGAUCGUAGGUUUUGUUGUAUUGAGCCGGAUAUGUGGAAGACGCGGUCAACUGAGUCUCAAACUCUGUCACUUCGCACGUCUUGGUGACAAGUGUGGAGUCGAUUCUGUAUUCUUGAGAGUCUUGAGCUUUACGAAGAUCAAGUAAUGACUGUAUCGUUUGGACAGAUUAGGUUCUUCAGGCUGAGAUAACGUUGACGAUUAAAUACAAUAUACACCCAAAUAAAAAUGGCUGCAGCGAAACAAGAUAUUUCGCGGACCUAUAGAACGGAUAUUAAGGGACAGAACGGGGAUGUAGACGUGUCAAGGGCGGAAUACUGUAAUAAGCUGCGGGAGUGGAUGUGGCAUUACUACUGCGGCUAUGCGAGCUGGCAGAGCUGGAUGUGCGUGUCGACGCUACCUUUACCUCCUCCGUGGUUUCUGCCACAGCCGGGCAGCCAAGCGGCUAACAGCCCUCCGUAUCCACCCGUCCCGACAUCCGCAGACAUCUCUAAUUGGUACAUUCAGCUCACCAGUCAGCCCCAGAUAAAUGCCACAGCAGGUCCUCAGGCCGGGAAUUCAUCUACAUCAACACCCCCGUCAGCGGCUGCAAGUCCGGCGCAGGCGAAUGGAAACCCACCACAGCAAGCAGGUAGAGAGUACACUAUUCCCUCACCUUUACACAGGUUUCUAGCUGAAAUGGUGGAUUUCUUCAUUCUCUUCUGUGUUAAAGCGACAAUCGUUUUGUGGAUCAUGCACCUAAGUGGAAUGAAGGACAUUUCUAAAGUCAUCAUGCAGUUUGUAGUGGAGGAGAUCGAUGAGAACACGUCUCUGGAGGACCUGCAGAAGAUGAUGGUGGUGGCUCUGGUGUACAGGGUUUUAGUUUGUUUCUAUGAGAUUAUCUGUAUUUGGGGAGCUGGGGGUGCCACUCCUGGGAAGUUCCUGCUCGGUUUGCGAGUUGUCACCUGUGACUCUACAGUUUUAGUAAGGCCCAACCGCGUCCUUGUGGCCCCAGCAUCUAACGUCACCUUGUCAGCAUCCACUGUACGGGCCUUGAAUAAGAACCUAUCCAUUGCGUUCCUCUUUCCGGUCUUCAUCACAUUGCUCUUCUUCCAGCACAACCGGACUGUGUAUGACAUUGUGGCAGGCACCAUUGUUGUCCGGCGUAGGGGGGCCAGAUGACCGGAUUAGAGAGGGACUGAAUGUAACAUAGUAUUACAGAAGCCUAAAGGUUAUAGCCAUAAAAGGUCAGACCUGUUUUUUGUUUAAUUUUAAAUACAUAUCCUUAAUUUAUUCAAAUUGUAGAUUUGUUGGUUGCGUUUCAGUUGUUAAACAUGUUGCUUGUCAAUACACUCCAACCAAAAAUCAGGAAUCUACCUAGUGGAACAACAGUUGAAAAAAAUACCAACUCAUUUUGAUUUUUAUAGAUUUGUAGAUUUACAUGCUGCCUUACAAGUCAGAGAACAGUGACCCACAAGAAAGCUGAAUAUUUGGAUGAUUUGAUUCUGUUAAAUCUACUGAUAUAUCACAUAUCAGCAUUAAAGCAGAGAGCAUGAAUUACUCCAGUGAGAGGCACAGCUAUGAGCACAGUGAUGAAGAACUGAGGCAUGAGGGAGGACGUAGCCGGACAUGAGCAGGAAAGCUUUACAUAAUCACCUCAUCUUCUCAAAAUAUACUGAGACAGGUAACAAAGUAGGAUAUAAUACUAAGUUUUGAGACUGAGGCCUGUUUUCUUUUCAAUCGUUUAUGUUAAUUUUUCAGGGUAUGUCUGAUGGUAUCACCACUAAACAUCUGUUUUCACUCACAGUUGGAGAUGUGCCUCUAGUAACCACCUGUGUUUUUGUAACUAGGCCAGUGGAACUUAUUUAAAUGUUCUACACAUUUUCCGGUAAAGAACAUCACUCUCAGUUUUAUAUGAGAAGAUCUAAAUCCGGAGUGGACAAAUACAUUGAUUAGCGAGCUCACUAUGUUCUAAGUAAUAGCAGCCAAGCUCAUGGUUUUAUGUAAUAAUUCAUGUCAAGCAAGGGAAUUAAUGUGCAAUCUUGCAGAGUGUAAAACUGUACUUGUUUCAGUUCUUAUCCUUUCCACAACCCUGACAGUAAGUCUCUUCUGGCAUUGAGAGAGAUUCUUUGAGUCUGGAUUGCACCUUCAUUUCUUCUCGACAUGCUUCGACCGCAUGAGGUCAGCAAAGGUGUUCUAUGAUGUGAGGUACAUUUAAGUUUUAUUAAGGUUUAUUUAUUUCCAUUCUCUGCUGUUGAACCUACUCGUCCAUCAGGUACCUGUGUAUAAUAAAAAAAAACAACAUCCUGAACUUUUCUGUGCUUGUCCUGCAAUCCCAGGCUAACAGUCGCUCCAAAAAAAUCCAUGUAUGCAGCUGGAAAGAUAUCUUCUCUUAUAUCUAGACUUGUUUUUCUGAAGCCUACCUCUGCACAGGCAAUGACAGGAUGCAAGAUCUGACACAUACAUUCUAUACAACCGACAGUCAGUUACUCGCUGUUACUCCCAGUGUCACAGUUUGUCACUGAGUAAUUGCAGUGCCUAAUUAUUGACUGAUGCAGCUUGACAAUCUGAAAAGAGAUAAAGUGCCAAAAUGUUAUUUUUGUGAAUUAAAUGGUAACAUUUACACAACAUUAAAUGGUAGUUUAUUGCUGUAAUUCCCCUUUAACACAGUCUGAGAAUUCCACACCCAGUUUGAGAAUUUUCAUUUUAGAACAGGAAACUAAACUUUUAAGUUUUAGGUUGAAGAAUCGUUCAUCUGAGAUGUUUUGGAGAUCUCCAAAGCUGGACUUUUCAGAGCAGCUCAACUCAGCUCUUAUUAGUAGUAAAGGGGUCUACAGUAAUGGAGUUUGGAGGGAAAAAUAUCCACCCUUGCGUUUAUCCUGCUUACAGCACUUUUGUCUCACACGCUCCCAUCUGGAAUGUUCCACUCUGUUAGAGCCAUCAGUAUCUGGAAGGCUGUAAACACAGCUGCAUGCCUGAAGCUCUCUUAGCUUUACAGGAUCAUCACAAUAUGACAUGUAUAUAAAGACUUCAAAAUAACGAUCGCUGCUGGUUGCUGAUGAAACUUUUCAGUGUGUCCAAUUGCCCAGAAUACUCUUGCAAUGUUUGUUUGCGUGUGUGUGUUUGUAAAUUAUGCGUGCAUUAUGAUUAUUGAAUAAGAGAAUUUUAAAUUUUAUGUAAAAAUGUAUUUGAUCUUUAAAAGCCUUGUGUGAAUAUAAACAUAUGUUUAUUAUAAGAUUGAAUAUGAAGUCUGGCAUUUUGAGCAUAUAUUCUGACAGUAUAAUGAUCAUUAAAUGGUCAAAUUGUG